AUGGUUAACCGCGACCGUCUGGUCACCAAUCAAUGCGGUCGAAAGAAUAGUCAAAUAUACAAUAAGAAAAUCAAUAUAGCAGCUUGGAAUGUAAGAACACUUCUGGACAACGAUAACAACAUCUGCCCAGAGCGCAAGACAGCGCUAAUAGCUCGUGAGCUCUCCCGGUACAACAUCGACAUUGCAGCAAUAAGCGAAACUCACCUAGCUGACAGUGGAGAACUUUGCGAGGAACUAGGUGGAUUCACUUACUUUUGGUCAGGGAAGCCAAGUGGCGUUGGAUUCGCGAUCAAGAACAGCAUCGCCCGCUCCCUGGUAGAACCUCCGAAAGGCUUAAGUGAUAGAAUCAUUACUCUUCGACUUCAUACAUCAGCAAAGAAGUUCGUCCACCUAGUGAGUGUCUACGCACCAACCAUGACCUGCUCUGAUGAGGAAAAGCGGAAGUUCUAUGACCAUCUUCGAAUGGUUCUCCUUAGCAUUCCUCAAUGCGAUAAGAUUAUUCUUCUCGGAGACUUUAAUGCGCGUGUCGGUACAGAGUAUCUCGCCUGGAAAAACGUACUUGGGAGGCACGGCAUUGGAAAAUGCAACUCUAAUGGCUAUGCCCUACUUGCCUUAUGUGCGGAAUUAGAACUCAGCAUAACCAAUACGUUUUUUCGGUUGCCUGAUAAAUAUAAAACAUCCUGGAUGCAUCCUCGUUCAAGGCACUGGCACCUCCUUGAUUAUGUCAUAGUCCGAAGGAAUGACCUGAAAGAUGUACUUAUUACCAGAGCAAUGCGAGGUGCUCAGGGCUGGACGGAUCAUCGGCUUAUCAGAUGCAAAAUGAGGCUCAAUAUCAAACCUCCACAUAGAGCAGAACAUAAGAUACCAGCUAGGCUGGCGUUUUCGAAACUAGUUCUGGACGUGGAUAUUAGAAAAGAACUUGACAAAAAAUUUGGGGAUACUGCAUCUGACUCUGACUCUGUAGACAAUCCGACAAUUGACGCUGAAUGGCGUUGUUUCGCUGAUAACCUGCACAAGGUCUCGAAACUGGUUAUUGGCAGGGUGCAAAAGAAGAAUCAAGACUGGUUUGAUGAUUCUGAUACGGAAUUACGACAACUUGUUGGAGAGUUUCGAUGCUCUCUGAGAAGCGCCCACAGUAACCAAGAGCGCAAUGCACUUCAUCAAGUCCUUAAGAGGAAAGUGCGUGAAUUGAAAAAUGAAUGGUGGCUGGCUAAGGCCCAAGACUUACAACGUUUGGCAGAUACCAAUCAAACUGCUAGAUUUUUCGAAAGCCUCAGAACAAUAUAUGGCCCCCGUUGUUAUGACAGUCUUCCUUCAGAAGUUUAUAAAUACGGAGGGAAAAAUAUUAAGACCAGACUGUUUGAACUUGUGCUGCACAUAUGGGACGCGGAAAUAGUUCCACAAGACUGGAAGGAUGCUCUUAUAAGCAAACUCUACAAGGGCAAAGGUGACCUUUCCGACUGUAGUUGCUACAGAGGUAUCGCCCUGCUAUCUGCGGCUGGCAAGGUACUGGCGCAUGUCAUCAAUAGCCGCCUCGUCAAGCUAGCUGAGAGCUUCCUACCAGAAAGCCAGUGUGGUUUUCGUCCAAAUAGAGGCACAGUUGACGCUAUUUUUGUGUUAAAACAGCUUCAGGAAAAGUGCCUUGAACAGCAUCGUGACCUCUAUUUGUGUUUUGUGGAUCUAGAGAAGGCUUUUGACCGGGUUCCAAGGUCCGCUUUAUGGGUUGUCCUUGAAAAACGUGGAUGUCCACCAAAAUUUGUUAGCUUGGUACGCCAAUUUCACGAAGGCAUGUUUGCACGCGUACGCCACGAGGACAAACUUACGGAACAAUUCCCGGUCACUAGCGGCGUCAAGCAAGGCUGUGUCAUGGCACCGACACUCUUUGCCAUUUACUUCUCUGCGGUAAUGAGCGAUGCUCUAGUUAAAUGUAGGAAUAAGAUCACCCUCAAUGUCCGCAUGGACAAGAGCGUCUUUGACAUCUCACGCUUCCGAGCAAAACGCAGGAUCUCCACGGUUCCUGUUGCGGAGAUUCAAUAUGCUGAUGAUGUCUGCCUUAUGGCCAGUAGUGUCCAAGAUCUUCAGGAAUAUCUUGACUAUUUGGACGAAUCGUGUCGCAAAUUUGGCUUGGUAAUCAGUGCUUCAAAGACUCAGAUUCUUAAACAGCCUGCAAGGAAAACAUCUGCAGAUGACACGCCUGUUUACCUAAGCGGGAAACCUUUGGAGGAAGUGGGAUCCUUUCGAUACCUUGGCAGUCUCGUACGCAGCGACAACCGUCUCGAGUCUGAGAUAUCUGCAAGGAUCGCUAAGGCUGCAGCAGCUUUUGGCGGACUUAAUCACCGUGUAUGGAAGUCCCAUGAUCUCAAAUUAGUCACUAAGCUAGCUGUAUACAAAGCCAUUAUACUACCUUUGCUUUUGUAUUCCUCGGAGACUUGGUGCCUUUACAAAGGUGACAUCAAACGCCUCGACGUCUUCCAUCUUAAAUGUCUCCGGGCUAUUCUUCGUAUUCGCUGGCAAGAUCGGAUUUCCAACACGGAGGUUCUCCGUCGAUCGUCUAUGUCAGGUAUAGAGAGUUUCCUGAUGAAGGGACAAUUGCGCUGGUGCGGUCACCUUGUACGUAUGGAGUCCUCCAGAUUGCCUAAGACCGUUUUUUACUCUGAGCUCAGUACUGGCAAACGCCAAUCUGGAGGGCAAUAUUUGCGAUACAGGGACGUACUAAAGCGCCACCUAAGAACAGUUGGCUUAUCGCCAACCUCAUGGGAACAAGUAGCGACCCAAAGACCUGAGUGGCGCAGAGCUGUUCAUAAGAGCGUACAGGAUUUUGAACAGCGGCGUCUUGAAGCCUUAGACGCUAAACGCCAGCUCCAAAAAUCCCGCCCCAAGCCCUCCUAUACCUACACUUACAAUGCGCAAGGGCAACUCUACUGCGCUAUUUGUGACCGCGUGUUCAAGGCAAAGUUUGGUUUCGCGAGUCAUGUACGAGCCCAUGAACGAAACCAAACUGCCGAUAUAUGCCAGGGUGUCGCCGUCGACGGAAUCGUCUAG